GGGUGGCACAUGUUAAGGAGCUGAAACUCCUAAACCCUUCAUCCAAUUUUAAUGUGGAUACCCUCAAAUGAAAGCUGAAAGUCUGGACUUUAUGUCCAUGUCCAUUAUAUAACUAUAACUUGAAUAUGUUUCAGUAAACAGGUAAAAAAACAAAAUUUGUGUGAGUGUCCAAAUAUAUAUGGACCUAACUGUACCUUUUUGUCCCUAAAAAGGAAUGCGUAGUUACCUUGAGGUCCAAUAAUAAACCCUAGGGGGUACAUUAGUGUAGAUUGUACCUUGGGGGACAGAAAUGGACUCCUGCUGUACCCCUAUUUCUGACCGUGUAAUCACUACCCGUUCCUAUUAAGACCGUUUUACGAACAUUCCCUCAGACCAUACUGCCCCGUUGACCAGUUUGUUGUCAGACACACAUUCGAUUAAACUGGAUUUUGUGUAGGUUUUAGGAAGCUUAGCUCUCUGGCAGAUUAGGAGCGCCACUGAAUUACAGAUUCCACGUAACAGAAUCAGAAUUCGGGCCACGUUCCACUGAAGGCGAUUAGAUUGAACAGUUAUAUAUUUUUAAUGAGGUGAGAACGUAGGCAAUGACUUGCUGAAUGUUUAAUGGCUCAGAAGUAGAUUCAGUCUCCAAAGCCACUGAGAGUUUAUUACAGUCUGCUGUAUAGAAAACCAUAUAACUUCCUUUUUCACCAUGGGAAAACAGGAUUUAGGAAAUCCCUGUCCAUGUAAACAGAACACUAGAACAACUGAGAACUGUCUAGUGUGCGUCAGUAAUUGCUUGUUGAAUUGUAGUUAAUUCCCUGUAUAUUUUCUACCCUAUUUUCCCUCUUGUUUUUGGAAAACAUCUUGGAGACCAAAAUUGUUUGUUUUUCGUAAUUUAUUCCAUAAACAGGGCUGUCUGAACGUGUAUAAAAACUGGUGCAGGUUUAGAUGAUAGAUUAUAACCUGAGAUGGCCUACUUUGGUCUUUUCACCACAUAGAUGUAUCACUUGCAUAUCAACUUCCCUCCAAGUCAUUUGACACCCAGGCUUUAUAACUGAAACCGGGCACCCAGGAUGACUUGCAUGUCAGUUAGGAAGCAGACACGCAUCAGGUGGACACCAAACGCGGACCAUGACUUUCAUAGCCAAGACGUUUUAUGACCUGCGUGCUACCACGCUGGAAGGGGAAUCGAUCGAUUUUAAUGUCUACCGAGGCCGAGUGGUGCUUAUCGAGAAUGUGGCAUCACUAUGAGGCACCACCACCCGGGACUACAGCCAGCUCAGCCAGCUCCAGAGCAGGUACCCGCACCGGCUGGUGGUCCUGGCCUUCCCCUGUAAUCAGUUUGGCUACCAGGAAAACUGCAGAAACGGAGAGAUCCUGAACUCCCUGAAACAUGUACGACCAGGUGGAGGGUACGAGCCUUCGUUCACCAUUUUUGAGAAGUGCGACGUGAACGGGGCUAACACACAUCCCGUCUUCGCCUACCUGAAAGACAAACUUCCUUACCCCGACGAUGAUCCAGUCUCUCUUAUUCAGGACCCCAAGUUCUUAGUGUGGAGUCCCAUCAGCAGAACUGAUAUCUCAUGGAAUUUCGAGAAGUUCCUGAUUGGCCCAGAAGGCGAGCCGUUCAAGAGAUACAGCAAGAACUUUGAGACCAUUAACAUAGAACCUGACAUUCAGAGGUUAUUGAGGCUGACCAAAAACUAAAGACCGGCGCCUCAGAAUGUAUUUAAUUUUAUUGUAGGUACCACUGUGCCCUCCUCCUCUACAUUUUUCUUAUUUUACUUAAUGAAGUUGAUGCUCUAAACUAACGUAGGGAGUAUUAACUGAGGUGGUGUAAAUAUAAAAAAAGACAUGUAGAGGAUGCUGACAGAGAUGUACUGAAAGGAAUUCUUUAAUAAAAAAAAAAUGUCAAACUUGUAA